AUGUCUGAAUCACAGAUUAUUGAAAAUAUUCAAGUGUCUUCUAAAAACAGUUAUGUAAUAGAAGACAAAAAUGAUGAAGCAUUUGACUUGCUAAUGGGAUUACCACCAGCUAUUAAUUCUCUUACUUCAGUUAUACCAUGCGGUUGUAAAAAUUUACAACGAAGAAAGAAAGAGUUUGAAGAAAAUUUUCGGAAAAUAGAAUAUCAGAAAGCACUUAUCAGAUUGAUUAAUUCAUUAGAAAAGAUUAAAGAAUUCAUGGAUGAUAUAACUCAAUUAAAAGGAUUGAAUAAAUAUGUAAUUGCAACCAACAUUGAAAAAAGAUUUAAACAAUUAACUGAAGAAUAUAGGCCUGCAUGA